AUGAAGAUUGCAGCAGAAGAAAUGAUACCCGAGAUGCUCUCGGUAUUUGAAGGUCUCAAAGUCGUAUUUGAGCUAGACUCUAAUGUUCGAUAUAAACAGAAGACUGCUCUCAAAGAACUCGUUAUUAAAAAUGGAGGUGUUGUGUCUUACAUUCUUACCAAACAGUGCUCUUACCUGGUUGUCAGCAGUAAGGAGAAGGCCCAGUCUUACAGGUGUCAGACAGCCAGCAAGUAUGGCGUCCCUGUUGUCCUCGUGAACUUCCUGCAGGACUCUGUCAAAGCUGGAAAACUUCAAGACUUUCGAAAAUAUCUUGUCAUAAAAGAGGACUUAAAGAUUUCAGACGAUAAAAUCAAAGAGUCUCCAAAAAGCCUGAGGAUUCAGCGCCAUCAGGAAGAAGACAUUUGUGAUAUCAGUUCCAAAGUGUGGGAUCAGAAUGACAAGAAUAAACCACAGUUUGAGGAAGAAUCGUUUGAAUUGGCAAAGUGUGCAGUGUUUCAGGCCAAGCAGAACAUAAUAUAUGUGUUUGAAAUCCAUGCAUCCAAAAAGCAAGAGGUGAUAAGAGGUCAAGAGGUGACAAAGAUUGAUCAUCCAAGAUUCAGGCUGUUUUCUCAACAGUAUUCACAGGGAAAGACACAGAAUAUUAAAUACGUAUUCAGUAAUUCUGCUGAUAAAAUUGUGGAAGCAUACACACAGCAGUGUGAAGAAGUGCAGAAGAAAUAUAAUGCUGAGAGAGUACAGAACAUUCAGCAGGUUCCCCUGGAAGCAUUGGGAACACGUCAGUUUAGAAAGGUGUAUCGAGAGAAAAUGGUCACUGAAACCAUCCCUGAUCCUAGGGUGCUCACCCUUGUUAAGCAGGUGUGGGAGGAGGCUGUUGGACAUCUGGGGCAAAUCCUCACUGUACCUGUGGACAAGAUUAAAAUGGAACAGGUGGAGAAGGCAGAAGGAGUGUUAUUACAGAUAAAGGAGGCACUUGAAGGUCAAUCCAGUGCUAAGGAUUUGGAGAACCUCAGUUCUCAAUUUUAUGAAGCCUUGGCGCAUGUGAAUCCAGUAACUAUUACAAACAAGCUUAUCCUGUGCAGGAAGAAAGACCUUUGUCAGUUAAUCCGGGACAUGACAGCAGUAGGGGAGACAACCCACUGGCAGAGACAUCCCUCAGAAGUAGCCACGUACAAAGCUCUACGUUGUUCUCUGGAAUACAUGAAGACAACUGAUUUAGACUUUGAAACUGUCUCCAGUUUAGUUAAGGACAGUCUCACAAGACAAGACAGAAUGGAAAUCGUAAAUAUCUUCACAGUCCAGCGACCAAUGGAAGAAGAGAUGUUCAGACAUGACCUAUCCCCCAAGAAACUGCUCUUUCAUGCCUCCAGCUUCUCACGUUUUCUUGGAAUACUCUCAAGAGGUCUUCUGUUGCCCAAGCUUGUGGUGAAUGAGUAUGGGGGAAGUAGGUCGGACCCUGGUAACCUGGGUUAUGGCAUUUACUUUGCUGAAUCAGCCAGCGUGAGCUGUGCAUACUCUGGAGUGAGUCAGUCUCGUGGGACUCGCUUCAUGCUGAUAACAGAGGUGGCCCUGGGAGAGAGUUGCAAGUUCUACACUCAGCAACCUGAUCUCACUGCGCCACCCCCGGGCUAUGAUAGUGUACAUGGGGUAGCUCACUCACCUCAACAACCCUCCUUCUUCAAGAAUGAUGAAUUUGCCAUAUAUCAGAGUAACCAACAGAAGCUGAGGUACCUGAUCGAGUUCACUUUACCUGGGGACAAGCCACUGCCUGCACCACUACAGCUCACCAGAAGUGUGAAAUCACCAGACUUUGAGCACCUGGAUUUCUCUGACAUCAUGGCAGAUGUGACACGUGUCCAGAGUAAGGAAGACCCAUUGAGUAAAGUGACCAGUGGACUAGUGAGUUCUGGGGAUUCGUCUGUCCCCCUCAAAUCGGUCCAUAUCAGGGCACGUCUCCUCGACAUGGCUGCUCAGGUGGUUGUUCUACAAGAGUACAGUAAUGACCUGAACACAGCCAUCGAGGCCAAGUAUGUGUUUCCACUGGAUGACCUGGCUGCUGUCUGCGGGUUUGAGGCCUUCAUUAACGGUAAACACAUUGUGGGGGAGGUGAAGGAGAAGGCUACAGCCCACAGGGAGUAUAAGGAGGCUGUUAGUGCUGGUCAUGGGGCAUACUUAAUGGACCAGGAUGAAGAGACACCUGAUGUGUUCACAGUUAGUGUUGGGAAUCUGCCCCCAAAGGCCAGUGUUCUUAUCAAGAUCACCUAUGUGGCAGAGCUGCUGACAGAGGAGGGACUGAUCAGCUUCAGUCUUCCUGGUAGUGUGGCGCCAUGGAAACGAGACUCCGCCCUUGACCAGACUACACAGACAGCUGUGGAUACACUGAAGGUGGACUCUAACAUUGGUCAGAACACCAGUCUCCAGAUCUCCGUGAACAUGCCCUUUGACAUCAGGUUUAUCGAGUCACCCACGCACAGGCUGAAGAAAAAGACUACAGCCUCCAGAGCAGUACUGGAGUUAGAGAAGAACCAAACACUUGAGGGUGGUUUUCAGCUCCUGAUUGGCCUGUCAGAGAUUCAUGUACCACGGAUGUGGGUUGAGGAACACCCGGACAAUGAGGACAGUCAGGCAUGCAUGCUAACAUUUUACCCAGAGAUUGAUAGUGGAAAGUCAGGAGCAUCCAAGACUGUCUUCCUUCUUGACAUGUCUAACUCCAUGAAAGAGAAAGCUGCUAAAGACGCUGUGACUCUGCUUGUCAUGUUGCUCAACCAGCUCAACAAAAAUACUCACUUCAAUGUGAUUGUCUUUGGAACUGACUCAGAAGAGGUGUUCAGUGACUAUCAACCAGUUACCAAAACCAGCAUACAGGCUGUACUCAAAUUUCUCAAGGAGAAGGUAACCAAAACUAUGGGAGGAACAAACUUAUAUCACCCCCUCCAUACCCUCCUGCUUCUUCAACCAACAAGUACCCCCCUCAAUGUCCUCUUGAUAUCAGAUGGCCAUAUCAACAAUGAGGAGGUGAUAUUGUCUGAUCUGAUGAUUAACUCUACUUCCCUUAGGCUCUUCACUGUCGGAGUCAGUGAUUCAGCUAACAGGCACAGAUUAAGGUCUCUGGCAAGAAUUGGAAGUGGCUGCUUUGAAUUCUUCGACAGCAAAUUGAAGUCUAAGUGGGGUGCAAAGGUGAAGUCUGUAUUGUACAGAGUGUCACAGCCCAGCCUCACCUCAGUGCAUGUGGAGUGGCACCAGUAUGAUAACAACCCCCAACCUCCCAUCCAGGCUCCCCGACAAAUCAUGUCUCUCUUCACGGGAACACGGCAGGUUGUCUACGGAUUUGUCUCAAAUUGCCAAAUGGCCACUUUGAAGGCUGUGGUGAACGGGGCAGAGAUAUCCACAGUGGUGUCAUCCUCUCAACUCAGUAACACCAAAGGCACUAUUGUUCACAAAUUGACAGCCCGUGGUAUUAUUCGAGAUUGGGAAGAUGGCGUCUUGUCAUUGGACAGAAACAAGCAUGAGGCUUAUAGACUGGAGCUGAAGGAGUACAUCAUCGGGCUGAGUAAGGAGUACUCUAUUGUCACCCAGCUCACCAGCUUUGUGGCUGUGGAGGAGAGAGCAAAGGAUGAGGCCAAAAGUGUGACGUCAGAUGCUCAAAUGGAGGAGCUUAUUCAGGCAGAAGAUGUGGAUGAUCUGUCCUACAUAGGGUGGGAAAGAUCUCCGCUGGCUUUAGAUGUGGCCGAAGACCAAGAUAUUUUGUCCGUGACUCAGGAGGCACUUUUUGAUGCUGAAGUAAUGUUGGACAGUUUAAGUGAAGAUGAACACAAGCAGAGUUCUGUCCCUGUGCAGCAGCUCAGAGAUGUUAUGUGUGUACGUUCAGAAGCGGCAAGUGCCGUAGUGAUGGAUUACAGAUUGGGAGGAGCUGGUGAUGGAGAUGACAAAGUUCACGGAUGGGGAGGAGCUGGUGAUGGAGAUGACAAAGAUUACGGAUUGGGAGGAGCUGGUGAUGGAGAUGACAAAGGUAACUCAUCGUCAUCAAGUGAGGAUGAGGACUACGCUCCAAUAACUGAUAUACAUGGUGACUGUGACAUUCUACAUGACAUGUUCUGCCUUUCCUCUAUGCCUCUAGGUCUGAAUUUAUUAGGAGAGGAAGCAGAAGAAGAGGAUGUGAAAGAAGAGGAAGAAAAGCAUUCAUUGAAAACAUUUCAGAGUGAGUGA